AUGCCCGCUACCGCCAUUUGCUCCUCUCCCAUCAUCACCUGCUCCUCACCACCCAUAUACUUCUCCCAAGCGUCAAUUGAGCUCGAACACCCCACAGUCGCUUUUCUGAACUUCCCACUCACACCACUCGUUCCCUCGCCAUGUGACGCACCCAGCGGUAUCUUUGGUUACAUCAACUACCUGGUGGAGAAGGACAGGAAGUACAUUCUCAACACACUUAUCAAUGGCCUCGCACGUCUAGAGUACCGUGGUUACGACUCAGCUGGUCUGGCAAUCGACGGUGACAAGAAGAACGAGGUCUUCGCCGUCAAGGAGGUUGGCAAGGUCGCUUCCCUUAAGAAGCUCGUCGACGAGCAGAACUUCGACCUCGAGAAGGUCUUCGACUCACAUGCCGGUAUCGCACACACCCGAUGGGCCACCCACGGCCCCCCAUCGCGCGUGAACUGCCAUCCUCACAGGUCCGACCCUAACUGGGAGUUCUCCGUCGUGCACAACGGCAUCAUCACAAACUACAAGGAAUUGAAGACCCUGCUCGAGAGCAAGGGCUACAAGUUCGAGACUGAGACCGACACCGAGGCCAUUGCCAAGCUCGCAAAGUACAUCUACUCUGAGCACCCCGACCUGAGCUUCCCAUCUCUGGUCAAGGCUGUCAUCAAGGAGCUUCAGGGAGCUUUCGGUCUGCUCAUCAAGUCCAUCCACUACCCACAUGAGGUCGUCGCAGCCCGCAAGGGUUCGCCCCUUGUCAUUGGUGUGCGGACACAGAAGAAGAUGAAGGUCGACUUCGUCGAUGUCGAGUACAACGACGAGGGUGCUGCUCUCCCCGCCGAGAGCGCGUCCCACAACGUUGCCCUGAAGAAGGGUAACACCUUGCUCGCACCCCCCGAUAAGUCCCUCCUCCACCGCUCGCAAUCCCGCGCUUUCCUCUCCGACGAUGGCGUCCCGAUGCCCACCGAGUUCUUCCUGUCCUCCGACCCAUCUUCCAUCGUCGAGCACACCAAGAAGGUCCUCUACCUCGAGGACGACGACGUUGCACACAUCCACGAGGGUUCGCUGAACAUCCACCGUCUCACCAAGGACGAUGGCUCCGUCAGCAACGUCCGUACGAUCCAGACUCUGGAGAUUCAGCUCCAGGAGAUCAUGAAGGGCCGUUUCGACCACUUCAUGCAGAAGGAGAUUUUCGAGCAGCCCGACUCCGUCGUCAACGCUAUGCGUGGUCGUCUCGACCCUGUCAACAAGACUGUCACUCUCGGUGGUCUGAGGCAAUACCUUGCCACCAUCAGGCGAUGCCGCAGGAUCAUUUUCAUCGCUUGCGGUACCUCUUACCACUCCUGCAUGGCCGUCCGUGGUAUCUUCGAGGAGCUGACCGAGAUCCCGAUCGCGGUUGAGCUCGCCUCUGACUUUUUGGACCGUCAGGCACCCGUCUUCCGUGACGACACCUGCGUCUUCGUCUCCCAGUCCGGUGAGACCGCUGACUCGCUCAUGGCUCUCCGCUACUGCUUGGAGCGCGGUGCCCUGACUGUUGGUAUCGUCAACUCCGUCGGUUCCUCCAUCUCUCUCCUCACCCACUGCGGUGUGCACAUCAACGCCGGUCCCGAAAUCGGUGUUGCCUCCACCAAGGCCUACACCUCUCAGUUCGUCUGCAUGGUCAUGUUCGCGCUGUCGCUCAGUGAGGACCGUGCAUCCAAGACCAAGAGGCGCGCGGAGAUCAUGGACGGUCUUACCAAGAUUUCAGAGCAGUUCAAGGAGGCGCUCAAGCUCGACCAGCCCAUCAAGAAGCUCUGCGAGAGGUUCAAGGACCAGAAGUCUCUGCUCCUCCUCGGCCGUGGCUCCCAGCACGCCACUGCUCUCGAGGGUGCUCUCAAGAUCAAGGAGAUCUCAUACCUCCACUGCGAAGCCGUCAUGUCUGGUGAGCUUAAGCACGGUGUGCUCGCUCUUGUUGACGAGAACCUCCCAAUUGUCAUGAUCUUGACCCGCGACGACAUCUUCGCCAAGUCACUCAACGCAUACCAGCAGGUCAUUGCCCGUAGCGGACGUCCCAUCAUCAUUUGCAACAAGGACGACCCCGAAUUCCCGGCGGACAAGACCGACAAGAUCGAGGUCCCCAGCAACGUUGACUGCUUGCAGGGUCUCAUCAACGUCAUUCCUCUGCAGCUCAUGUCCUACUGGAUGGCGGUUGCUGAGGGUGUCAACGUCGACAUGCCCCGUAACUUGGCCAAGUCGGUCACCGUCGAGUAAGCAUUGGGCAAGAUUUGUUUGACAUUGGCGUCAUAGAAAGGGCUGGAUAUGAAAUGUGUAUGGGUAUCUACGGAUCGUGUUAUGACUAAAGUUGUCUGGACGGCGGCUUAUGGACUUUGAAUGUAGAAGACGAAGUCAUGUAUUGGCGGGAAUGUAGAGCUUUGAGAUUAGCCACGAAUGAGCAUCUUCUCGUAUUAAAAUCUCGUA